AUGUUCGUACUACAUGAUCGCUAUCGCGUUGUCCGUGAAAUCAGUUUGACUAUCUACGGAUGGAUCUAUGUCUGUGAAGACAUGCGUGGCGAAUCGGGAUGUGCACCUGAAAGCACCACCAUAUCGUCUGUUAUCAUCAAACAAGUUUCUCUGGGGCGUAUGGCGAGCUUUAUGCAAGAUUGUCCAGACGACGGACACGUACCGGACAACGCCCUUGCUGAGAAAGAAGCAUGCUCCGGCGCGUUAACUGUGUUUUCUCAAGUGGCAACGGGUCUAGCAUUCCUUCACCAACACGGCAUCGCGCACCGCGACAUCUCUCUUGAAAACAUUAUGCUACAUCGUGGAAGGUGCAAACUUGGUGACUUGGGUCUGGCCACACGUGCACUUCGAAUUUGCGGUCGCCAUGCUGGGAAGAAAUACUACAUGGCACCCGAGGUUGUGGCUGGUGAUACUUUCAAGCAGAUAGGUGUGGCUGCAAUUCUGCACGAGUGGGGUAUGGCAAGGCCUGGGUCGUACAAUACUAUACACUUGUUGUCAGGCAUGCUGGAGAUUGAUCCUCAGAAGCGGAUAACAGUAGCACAAGCAAUGGGGCAUCCAGCCUUGAGCGAGACGUUUGAGAACGAUAUCGAGAAAACAUGA